UUUUGCUAUAAGUCACUUUCAGUAAUACAUAGACGUUGUGAUUGUAAUAAGGAGUAAUGUCUGGAAUUCGCACCGGACGCGUGAGUAAGCAUAGGAGAGGCCAUCAUAUGAAGACUCGGCCAGGUCUGAGAAUGAUGGCAAUUAUGCAAGACGGAAAGAGUGAGGAAGUUCCGAAAGAAUUUCUCGAAACUGGCAGGACGGGGCGCCGGAACGCGAUGCCCGACAUCCUGCACCCGCAGGGCGCCGAGUGCACCACGGCCGACCUGCCCUCGCGGCUGCAGCAGCUCGCCACUACCGAUACAGACAACCCGCAGCCAUGUACAUCGAAAGCAGAACUCGAAAUAAGCAAGGAGGAGGAUUCGACGACCAAGAAAGACUGCAGUUGAGCUGCGUUCCUUAGUCAAAAGUCCCAUGUGCCAUGUGCACGCUACGGGACUUACCCAAAACUAAAGCAAUCUCAAUUAGGUACUAGUGUAGCGAGGAGUGCGUAGCCUCAUCAUGCUUAUUAGGAAGGUUUGCCAAUAAGUCGUAGUAGUUUGUAGCGACUUAUUGCACUGCAGAGUUCUGUGCAACUUCAUGGAAUAACAGUAGGUGGGCACUUUGUCGGAUGUAAUCGACAUAUCAUAAAACAGUCAACUAAUUUAUAAGAAGAUUAUUAUUUAUUUAUCUUGAUCUUUAAUAUUAUUAAUUGUAAUUGGUUAUACAAAUGUAUUUAAAAUACUAUGCAAGUUAUGAUACAAUUGUUUCAUGUUUUAACUUUUUUAAUCGUAGAUACGUAAUUUAUAGGUUAGGGAACAAGUGUUUAAUACAUAUAUAUAUGCAUGAUACAAUUUUAAAGUAAUUUUAUAGUAACUGUAGUAUGAAAUAACUGAAGUAUUAGUAUUCUUGUGUGAAAUAAGAUGGCCGCUGGUCGGAAAAAUGUUCCAGUUCCUUAUUGUUCCAAACGCACAUAAUAAUGAUUAAUUUAUUAAAUAUUAUUUAUUCUUAGAUUUUAGGUUAAAAGUACAAUUUUAUUUUUAUUUAACCAUUCAGUGUGAUGUUAAUCUUUAAGUUAUUUUAUAUUUGGUGCCGUUCUAUUUAUGUGGUGUGGUUGUUGAGACACCAAUUAGUGAUAACUGCAUGAUAAAUUGAUAGGUAAACUAUAAAUCAAUGCUAUGUACUUAUGUCCCAAAACGCUUCUUUAGUGUACACUGUACAGGUAUGGUAAACAAAAUAGUAAAUCGAUAAAUGAACUAGCUCUAAACAAACAUCUGCUUUUGCAAAACGAGCACCCCUCAUUUAGCGCUAUUCCCCUUGCUCCUUAAGAGGGGACGUAAAGUCAGGAAAUUCGAAGGGAACAAUAAAUAUGUUGCACUGCGUGAAAUUUGCGACGGAAGAUAUGGCCAUCGCGCGGGUUUUAACGUUUUACCUCAAUGUUUAACUCUGAAAUAGUACAUUUCGAUGCUAGUGCGGAAAGUACUAUUCUGUUUAAAUUUAGGUCGUCACGUCUCUAGGCAGUCUCGGCUAUAUCACUAGGUACCUAUACAUAUUUUAGUAAAAUAAUACUGGUGUGCUGUGGUAUGCAGUAAGCAGUAACCAGUAACGAUAUACCUACAAUUGAUAUAAAAAUGAAACUAGACAUGUUUUCGUGAUUUUCUUGUAUCGAACCACUUUACUUGUUAAGGUUUUGUUGUAGUUUGCCCUUGCUAAUAUAUACCUAAUCUAGUUUCCGUCUGAAUAUUUUCAUGGCAUUUGCCUUUGUAAAAACGUUGGGAAAAAAAAUCGCUGGUGGCCUAGCGGUAAGAGCGUGCGACUUGCAAUCCGGAGGUCGCGGGUUCGAACCCCGGCUCGUACCAAUGAGUUUUUCGGGACUUAUGUACGAAAUAUCAUUUCAGUACGAAAUUUCAGUGAAGGAAAACAUCACGAGGAAACCGGACUUAUCACAAUAAGGUCUAGUUUACCCUCUGGGAUGGAAGGUCAGAUAGCAGUCGCUUUCGUUAAAACUAGUGCCUACGCCAAUCUUUUGGGGAUUAGUUGCCAAGCGGACCCCAGGCUCCCAUGAGCCGUGGCAAAAGCCGGGACAACGCGAAAAAGAUGAGAUUUGCCUUUGUAAAAACGUGUAACAUCAAUAUUUUAAAAAAAAACUACAAUAUUGCGUUAAGCCCCCUCUUAAAAGCGCUCGCCGCUCGGGCUCCGCUCGUUUCUGAUCUCCAGAAUUGACGUAGCGUAGGCACAUCUUUUUAUGAAAGCAACUGACGUCGGAGCUUCAAUAAGACCAUAUUUAGUACGGGACGGGCAACUUUUGUCCUAGAAGCUUCGAAGCUGUCCGUAGGUCUAAUAUAAUUACCUUUUUUUUAACCGACUUCAAAAAAAGAGGUUAUCAAUUUGACCGGGUUUUUACACGACUGCCCAAAAAAAAGAGUGUAGAGUCAUUCGGGUCAAAAGCACGCACUUCAUUUUCAAAUUUUUCAAUGCUCUUAAAAAAUAACCAAAAAUGCGAUUUCCGAAGUUAUUGGAUAAAAUUCCCGUAGAGUAUCUUAUGUAUUUCCAUUAUUUAGGUCUGUUUACGUCCAAGGCUACUUAUUUUGUUUCUAUUCGUGAUUAAGCAAAAUUUGCCGAACGCGUACUCUUGUCCCGUUAUGUUAUGCGGGUAAAAUUACGCAAGCUAUUGGGUAAAAUUACGCGUGCGGGGUAAACGUUCGCAUUCAGGAAUAUUGAUGGAUACGAUAAAUAAAAAUCAGAUUAUUGGUAUAAUCAACGUUUAUUUAACUUUAACAUCAAUAUAACUGGUAACGUUUAGUACUUUAAUUUAAACAGGAACUUUAAACAUUUAUUAUUGCAACGAACUAUAGUCUUAAAUCACUAAGAACAAAUAAAAUUAUUUUAUAUGAACAUAUUUUAAUUUGUGUUUUCAACUUGACACACUACUAUUUAAACUAUAAACUGAAUUAAAUGUCAUAUACGAAGGAAAAAAUGACCAAAACCUCCAGUGUCCUUCGUAUAUGACAUUUAUUUCAGUUUAUAGUCUUAAAUCAACUAGAAACUAAAGAGUGAGAUCAAAAUUAGGUAUAAAGUUUACAUUACAAAAUCAAUACAAUAUUAUUUACUCAGGUUUAAAGCGACCCAAAGAUGUAGGCACGUGGGCAGACUUCAGCCUCUUUCUUAAAGCACCUUCGCUUAUGCCAACUUCUUCUGCCUUUGACUUUUGCCUUCUGGAAUUAAUUAUUUGGCUUUAUUUAUUUGGUCUUCGGUGAUCAGGGAACGUUCUGGGGCCUUCCUUACAUAGUUCCUUGGCAUUUUGAUGUAUUCUGAAAUAAUAAGAAAGUGUUAAAUAACUUACAAUAAGUUUUUUUUGUGUCGGGGUAUAAGUACGCAACGUGGGUAAAAAUACGCGUGCGUAAUUUUAGACCCGUACUCUUACCCCAAUAGCAAAAAUAUUAAACGGUCGGACCCAACCCACAUGUUAAUACAUUUUGGACACAAGUACUUACAAAAAUACUACAAUAACCGAACAAGAUUUAUGCAAUAGACUUGCUGGCUUAAAUCCCUCUGUGUAAUGUCUGCACACUUUUCCCCGGCACAUAUAUUGAAGAAAUUAUUAACACUUUUCGUAUUCGGUGCCCUGUCUCGACGAGUACGUAACUUGCGCGCGCGCGGCACGUGGCUCCGAAACGGCGACGCAACGGCCACUGAAUUCCGCUAACACACACCUCAGCCCCCUUUUUACCGGCGGAGAGCGGGGAGCUGCGAUCUUUUACCCGCUGCGAGCUGUUACCCCGAAUGACUAAUGUUUUCAGUGUUCAUGUUUAUAUGUAUAUAUAUAUAUAUAUAUAUAUAUGUGAGUUUCUUUAUUCCACCAUAACUUCUAAAUGCCUUAACCGAUUUAGAUGUAUGAUAUAUCAUUCGAAUCCGUACGUCAUCCCGGGUGGAACGUGGAUGGAACGGAACGCCUGUCAAAGAAGAGGCGUAUUUUCUUACUGCAAGAAUAUUUUAAGUUUCAAAGGCAACAUUCGAUAUUGUUUUUAUAAAUAUACGAUACACAAAUAAUCGUAAAUAAUGAUAUUUAGGUAAUAAUAGUACAAUGUUUUAAUAUUUACAAUUGUUUCUGUCUUAUAGAACAUGCAUUUGAAAAAAAAAACUCAUUGAAGUGGGUUCAAUAAAAAUCUAUUCUAGUCGAAUAAAAGCUAGAAAAACACCUCUUCAUAAUGUCAAUGUCAAUGAUGUCACAAUUAAUAAUAUAAAUUUUCGAAUUCCAUUCCUUACUUGUUGCUUUUCUUAUUUUUUCGCAACUGUAUUAAAAAACGUCGUUCGAUACACGUGCGGAAAAGUCAUUCUUCACUCGUCCCGAGUUAUAUCUCGGUACUCGUGAAGUAAUGACAUACUUUACGCACUAGCAUCGAAAUGUAUUAUUAUCAUGCCACAUAUGAGUCAAAAUAGUGUGUAAUGUGGAGUCUUGCCUUUGACGCGAACUAAUAAACCGACAAAAAACGGGGAACUAGGCGCGAAGGCGUGAACAAUCUGCGAAAUCGACGCCACACUUACGUUCGCGGCUUCGCGCCGUGAUUCGCGCAUGAGUGUGGAGGGCCCUUUAUACACGUCCACCUAAACCCAA